AAGCUAUAUUUACAGCUUAGCACAAUUUACAAGCAUAUAUAUAUACACACAUAAUGUUUACAGUUGUAUACAGCUUAAUACAGAAACACAAUACCCCUCCCAGAACAAUCAGAGUGCCAGGAUGGCUCCUGAUCCAAACCCCCUCCCUCUUUCCCUCCCUUCAGAAAUAACUAGACCAGUCCCCAUGUAUCUCACAUGAUAAAUCUGGAGAGAUCUGAGGUGAGAGGUCAAAAAAACCAAGGAGGUUAGAGGAAAAAGGGUUAGGUUGGAUUAACAAGUUAAAGCAGCAGCAACCACAGAGACCAAACUGCCAGAAAGAAGGGACAGAACUGAGUGUGUGAGCAGUAUCUCAUCUAUAUUUUGGCUAGUUGUGCUUCUCAGCAGGAAAAUGAGGGAUAUAGGGCACUGUUGGAUUUUUUUCUCUUUCUUCUCACAGCUGAGGGUUUCAUUUCUCUCAGUGAAAUAUUCCAAUUAUCUUCAAAGCAGCACAUAGUAGAGAGAUGUGUUAAAAAAUCUUGUCUGUUUUCCAAAUGAUGAGAUGGUUUUUAUAACACUAGGUGUUUCCCCUAGGCUUUAUGAUAGCCUUGUCUGGUUAUAAUGUGAUAUGAGGCAAACUGCAAGUGUCUACAUUGCAGUUUUGAUUAGUCAAGUCUUAAAAACUUUCCUGCAUUUAUCUCGAAUUUGCAAAUCAAUAAAUUACAUCUGAAACAUAAUCCAGUCUAACCUAUCAUCCAGCCCUAUCCCUUCAGCUAGACCCACGGCACUAAGUCUUUUUUUGAACACAUGCAGGGACAGCGACUCCACCACCUCCCUGGGCACCGCAUUCCAAUGACAAAACACUCUCUCUGGCAAGAACUUCCUCCUAACAUCCAGCCUAUACCUCCUCCAGCACAACUUGAGGCUGUGUCCCCUUGUGGCUGGUUGCCUGGCAGAAGAGACCAACCCCCACCUCGCUACAGCCUCCCUUCAGGUAGUUGUAGACAGCAAUGAGGUCACCUCUGAGCCUCCUCUUCUCCAGGCUAAACAAUUCCAGCUCCUUUAGCCUCUCCUCAUAGUGCUUGUGCUCCAAGCCCCUCACCAGCUUUGUCACCCUUCUCUGGACAUGUUCCAGUAUCUCAACAGUGUGUUGACUUUAAAUACUGUUAAUGGUUCUCAAAGCUUCACUUUAACAAUAUUGGGAAAAUAUUUCAUUUGAUUAAUAUUUAUCUAUAAAAAUAAGUUUUGUAAUCCUUAAAGAUUGCAUUCAUUUUCAUAAUAACCCCAAAUUUCUGUAAUCAAUGAUAUCUUUAGGUUGUCAAGAACGUUCUGUGCCUGCUCAUUAUAAAUGAAAAAGACACCAGCAUUAAGAAAUCUUAAGCUUCAUGGCCAAUACAUGCCUUUGCAUCUCAAAAUGUUCUGCUAGUACAAGUUAGUUGAACAAUUACCAUGAAGUUAUUGCCAGUAUUGUAUGAAGAAAAUAGUCUUCAUUACAGAGUCAGUGUGUGGUUAGUACAUUUACUUCUUCCAGUUUUGGGAUGAAGGAGAUUUUUGUUACAGUUUCACUUUUUCCCAAGGUGGCAAAAUCAUAGAAUCAACCAGAUUGGAAGAGACCUCCAAGAUCAUCCAGUCCAGCCUAGCACCCAGCCCUAUCCAAUCAACUAGACCAUGGCACUAAGUGCCUCAGCCAGGCUUUUCUUCAACACCUCCAGGGAUGGUGACUCCACCACCUCCCUGGACAGCCAAUUCCAAUGUCAAACCACUCUCUCUGUGCUGAUUAAAAUUGUUAGAGAUAUCUAUAUACUGAACAGGGAAAGGUCAAUGAUGCAGUAAAUAUUUUUCUACUCUAACUUGUUCUGUUCAUGUAGCUCAUAUGAGGCAUAAUACCAUAUCUUUUUAAAAAGGUAAACACUACUGCUUUAGGGUAUGAUAAGACAUACUUUUUCUCCUUAAAAUAAUAAAGUAUGCUUCUUUAGAACAUCCUGUUUCCCCUUUUACUGCCAUACAAGUUUUAGUAUGUUCAAUUGGCAUGUGUUACAUGAACAUCAUUAAAAUCAAAAGAGAAAAAUAUCACUUUCCAGGUAUAAAUACUUUGAAAUGUUUGUGUAACAUUUAAAGUAAUGAAAAAGUAAACUACUUUUGUAACUAGGUGAUGAGUCUUAUCUAUUUAGAUUUAUUCUGCAUUGGAAUAGGCUUUCAAUUUCUAUGGAGUCAAGAAACUUUUAUGUGGAAUGAAUAUGCCCUCAGAGUUGAUAUCCAGUAGACCAAUAUCUUCACAAUUUAUCGUUCUAGUGAUUAGUAACAGUUAAAAUAGCGUUAUUUUAAAGCUAUAUUUUAAGAUACUACUGUCCUAAUUACACCUUUCUGUGCUUCUUGUACCAAAAGGAUCAUAUAACUGUCUAAAUAUGUGGAGGUUCUCUUUUGAGCCAGUUGGUAUAACUGAAUCUUACUAUUUAGAUUAAAAUUUUCACAAACUGCUAAGUAACUUUUACAUUUUAUGUCCAGUCAUGUUGACUAGGAAAAUGUCAGUCUUCAUACAGCCAUCACACCUAAUUAGGUAGUGUGUUAAAGUUAAGGGACAGUGUUCUACAACAUGCUAGUAAAUAAUUCUAAUUACUACUCCUAACAUGUGCCUUUAAUUUUCAAUCUUUUCAUGGCAUUUGUAUCUUUGAUUUUGUCCACUAGAGUGCAUCCUAAAUAAACGCACUGGUGGUUCUGUCAGUUAUCGCCCAUGAAAACUACAACUUCUGAUCUUAUUUUUAACUGUGGCAGCUCAUAUUCCCCAUUUUUCUUUCUAGAGAAAUUUUUGGAUGGACACUUUUAUCAGAAAACUGCUUAACAAGAGUUAAAAUAAAAUGGUAGAUUCCAAUUUACCUGUUCCUUUGUUGGUCUAUUGUGUGCUGAACAUGAGUUCUUCACAUGUUACAGGAAUUCCCAUUUGCUUCAGAAUUUGGUAUGCAUAAGCCUGGUGCAUUAUACAGUGUUAUGGGAAUUCUUAUGUUGGAUAUGUGACUAGAGAGUAAACAGUUCUUGUCUCAGUGCUUUCUUGAGUUGCAAAGCAGCCUGCAGGUCACUUGGAAAUGGAGUCUGCAACAAAGAUGACGACUUCUGUGGUGUCUAAGCCUGGAGGAAAAUUAAGACAUCUUAAAAUCACCUUUGCCUUCUGAAAUUCAGCCUUCUUUGGAGUAUAGCAAGCUAAAGUGUGGAACAGAAGAAAAGACGCUGACACCAGAUCAUCUUCAGGGAGGAGUUUUGUUAGUUUUAGUCCUUUAUGCCUAUUUCAGUACAACAGGAAAAAAACUUGGGAGGAAAAAGGAGCGUCAUAAUGAAACUGUGUCUGUAAGCCUGAAGGUCUUUUGGAGCAGCAUCACAGUCAUGAAUGGGCCAGUGGAUGGCUUAUGCGAUUACACACUGGAUGAUGAAGGGGCUUUCAUGUUCACGUCAGAAUCGGUGGGAGAAGGACAUCCAGAUAAAAUCUGUGAUCAAAUCAGUGAUGCUGUACUAGAUGCCCAUCUCAAACAGGACCCAAAUGCCAAGGUUGCUUGUGAGACAGUAUGUAAGACAGGAAUGGUGUUGCUCUGUGGGGAAAUCACGUCUCGUGCUAUUGUGGAUUACCAGCGAGUUGUCCGAGAUGCAAUUAGACAUAUUGGCUAUGAUGACUCUGCUAAAGGCUUCGACUACAAAACCUGUAAUGUUUUAGUGGCAUUGGAACAGCAGUCACCAGAUAUUGCCCAAGGUGUUCAUCUACACAGGAAUGAAGAGGAUGUUGGUGCUGGAGAUCAGGGUUUGAUGUUUGGUUAUGCAACAGAUGAGACAGAAGAAUGCAUGCCUCUAACAAUCAUUCUUGCUCAUAAACUAAAUGCCAGGUUAGCAGAGCUGAGGCGUAAUGGAGAACUUCCUUGGUUGAGACCCGACUCUAAGACACAGGUCACCGUUCAGUAUAUCCAGAAGAACGGCGCAGUCAUCCCGGUGCGCGUUCACACCAUUGUGAUAUCUGUGCAGCACGAUGAGAGCAUCUCCCUGGAGAAUAUGCGCAGGACCUUGAGGGACCGUGUGAUCCAGGCUGUUGUCCCUGCCAAAUACUUGGAUGAGAAAACAGUUUACCACCUUCAACCUAGUGGGCGUUUUGUCAUCGGAGGGCCUCAGGGUGAUGCUGGUGUUACUGGUCGAAAGAUCAUUGUGGAUACUUACGGUGGCUGGGGAGCCCACGGAGGCGGUGCGUUUUCUGGCAAAGACUAUACCAAAGUGGACCGGUCAGCAGCGUACGCAGCCCGUUGGGUGGCCAAGUCUCUUGUGAAAGCUGGGCUCUGUCGCCGUGUUCUAGUUCAGGUUUCUUAUGCUAUUGGGGUUGCUCAUCCGCUGUCCAUUUCGCUGUUCACUUAUGGAACUUCCCAAAAAACAGAGAAAGAGCUGCUGGACAUUGUGCACAAAAACUUUGAUCUUCGUCCUGGAGUCAUUGUCAGGGAUUUGGAUCUAAAAAAGCCCAUUUACCAGAAGACUGCAUGUUAUGGUCACUUUGGAAGAAAUGAAUUCUCAUGGGAGGUGCCUAAAAAGCUUGUAUUUUGACACUAGCUGUGACCCUUCUAAAAACAGAUAGGAAGAGAAGUCCACUAAUGAUGAGGAUGCUUCCAAAAAUCAAAUUUGACAGCUUUGUAGUCAACAAAAGGAAUUUUAGAUUUUAAAUGGGAAGAAAGAAAAGGAUAUUUUCUUGGAAAUUGAUUUUUUUAGCCCUUGGUGUCUUUCUUUACCUAAAAUACAAAGCAGACUCUGUAUUUAAUCUGUUUUGGUUUUUUUAAUCAAUAUAAGGCAACAAAAUACAGUUUACUUUUUAUUGCUGCUCUGUUGGUUCUUUUGAUAAAGGCAAAGUAUGACUCAGGUACUAAUGGUUGAACCUCAAACCUUUCAUGGGCAAACACAAAGAUGACUUUCCCAACUCUGACUAAGGACCUGCAGGCCUCUUGCUUUUUAAUUAGACAAUGGGAAAUUCUGGGGUCCAAUUUCCUUACUGGAGUUAGCAUUGUGUACAGUUGGGGGUUGCUUUGAUGGGAGAAGGCUGAAUAUCACCCAACUUUGUCUUGGCCUCUUUUAUAGGAGAUGUUACCAUAUGUGUAAUAUUUAAGUCAUCUUCACUGAUGUUACUGUUGUGUUUCAAUUACCUGUGUUUUUGAAACAUAAGUGUUCUGUAAAACAACAGCCAUAGAAUAAAAGCCUUUUUCCUACUA